UGGUCUGCAGGAGGUUUUAGAUGAACAUCAGAUCAGUCUGAGCAGCACAUGUGAAUGUGUGACUCAAGGAACUGAUGAAGCAGGAACUAAAACCUUCCUCAUCAGCAUCUUCACUGAAGUCCACAUCACAGAGGGACAGAGUGAAGAGGUUAAUACCCAACAUGAGGUGAGGCAGCUUGAAACAGCUUCCAAGAUGAAGACCCUCCAUGACGCUCCAAUCAAGUGUCAGGACAUCUUUAAAGUCUCACCUGACCAACAGGAAACUGAAGAGGUUAAUACCCAACAUGAGGCGAGGCAGCUUGAAACAGCUUCCAAGAUGAAGACCCUCCAUGACGCUCCAACCAAGCGUCAGGACAUCUGUGAAGUCUUACACAGAGUCAGAGUGGUUCUGAUGAACGGCGUCGCUGGCGUUGGAAAAACCUUCUCAGUGCUGAAGUUCACUCUGGACUGGGCACAGCGCUCCAACAACCAAGAUAUCAGUCUGCUGAUUCUGUUCUCGUUCAGGUCGCUGAACUUGAUCAAAGAUGAGCAGUACAGUCUGCUCAUGCUGAUCCAUGUUUUCUAUCCAACAUUACAGAAGCUCACAGCAGAGAAGCUCGCUGUCUGUAAAGUUCUGUUCAUCUUUGACGGCCUGGAUGAAAGCAGACUUUCACUGGAUUUCAACAACAGUGAGGUCGUGUCUGAUGUCACACAGAAGUCAUCAGUCAGCGUGCUGUUGACAAACCUCAUCAAGGGGAAGCUGCUUCCCUCGGCUCUCGUCUGGAUAACUUCCCGACCUGCAGCAGCCAAUCAGAUCCCUCCUUCAUGUGUGGACAGGGUAACAGAAGUACGAGGCUUCACUGACGCCCAGAAGGAGGAGUACUUCAGGAGGAGAUUCAGUGAUGAAGAGCAGUCCAGCACAAUCAUCUCACACAUCAAGACAUCCAGGAGCCUCCACAUCAUGUGUCACAUCCCAGUCUUCUGCUGGAUCACUGCUACAGUUCUGGACCACAUGUUGACUACAGACCAGAGAGGAGAGCUGCCCAAGACCCUGACUGACAUGUACUCACACUUCCUGCUGGUUCAGACAAAGAGGAAGAAAAACAAGUAUGAUGAGGGACAUGAGACGAGUCCACAGGAGCUGACGGAGGCUGACAGGAACCUUCUUCUGAAGCUGGGGAGGCUGGCGCUUGAACAACUGGAGAAAGGAAACAUCAUGUUCUACCAAGAAGACCUGGAGCAGUGUGGUCUUGAUGUCACAGAGGCCUCGGUGUUAUCAGGAGUUUGUACAGAGAUCUUCAAAAGAGAGAGUGUGAUCUUCCAGAAAACAGUCUACAGCUUUGUUCAUCUGAGCGUUCAGGAGUUUCUGGCUGCAGUCUACAUGUACCACUGUUACACCAGCAGGAAGACAAAGGUACUGGAGGACUUCCUGGGAGAAGACUACAGUUCCUCAUCUCUGGAUGACUUCCUGAAGAUAGCCAUGCAGAAAUCUCUCAGAAGUGAAAAUGGCCACCUGGACCUGUUUGUCCGCUUCCUUCAUGGCCUCUCUCUGGAGUCCGACCAGAGUCUCUUAGGAGGCCUGCUGGGUCAGACAGACAACAGUCCAGAAACCAUCCAGAGAGUCAUCAACAACCUGAAGGAGAUGAACAGUGAUGAUAUCUCUCCUGACAGAAGCAUCAACAUCUUCCACUGUCUGACGGAGAUGAACGACCGCUCAGUACAUCAGGAGAUCCAAGAGUUCCUGAAGUCAGAGAACAGAUCAGAGAAGAAACUCUCUGUGAUCCACUGCUCAGCUCUGGCCUACAUGCUGCAGAUGUCAGAGGAGGUUCUGGAUGAGUUGGACCUGAAGAAGUACAACACAUCAGAGGAGGGAAAACGGAGACUGAUCCCAGCUGUGAGGAACUGCAGAAAGGCUCAGUAA